AUGAUAAGUUUUCUAUGGAUAAUUUUGAUCUUAGUCGUUGCAGAAUUUGUUGUUGGAAAUUUUGCCAAUGUUUUCAUAGUACUGGUGAAUUACAUUGACUGGGUCAGAAAAGAAAAGAUCUCCUCAGCUGAUCAAAUUCUCACUGCUCUUGCUGUCUCCAGGCUUGGUUUGCUUUGGGCAAUAAUAACAAAUUUGUUUGUAACUGUGCUUAAUCCAGCUUUACAGAGUUAUCACGAAAUGACUAUUGUAAUUGCCUGGGCAAUAACUAACCAUUUUAGCACCUGGCUUGCCACUGGCCUAAGCAUAUUUUAUUUGCUCAAAAUAGCCAAUUUCCCCAGCCUUGUUUUUCUUUACUUAAAGAGAAGAGUUAAGAGUGUCAUUUUAAGGAUGCUGCUGGUGACUUUGGUGUUACUGCUUCUUCAGAUUUCAAUUGUAAAUGUAAACGAGACAAGGAGGGUGAAAGAAUAUGAAGGAAACACUACUUGGAAGACUGAACUGAGGGAUGCUGUAGACAUUUCAACUAUGACUGUAUUUCAUCUAGUAAUCGUCAUACCCUUUUUUAUAUCCCUGAUCUGUUUUCUGUUGUUAAUCUGCUCCCUUUGCAAACAUCUCAGGAAGAUGCAGGUCUACGGCAAUGGGUCCCACGACCCCAGCACCAGGAUGCAUGUGAAGGCUUUGAAAACUGUGAUCUCCUUUCUCUUGUUAUUUGCUGUGUACUCUUCAUGUGUGAUCAUGUCCUUUUGGCGUUCUAAGACAUUUCAGGGUAAAGUCUUCUUUUUUUCCCAGGUUAUUGGGGCUUUGUAUCCUUCAUGCCAUUCGUGUGUCCUGAUUUGGGGAAACAGGAAGCUGAAACAGGCAUUUCUGUCAGUUCUUUGGCUGGCAAGGUGCUGGCUGACAGAAUGGAGACAUUCCAUAUCAAUAACAGGGACAUGGUGUGACUCGUAG